AUGGCCACCGACUACAGCAAGAAGACCAACGCCGAGCUGGUCGAGAUACUCAAGACUCGCUCUCUCCCCCACACUGGAAAGAAGGCCGACAUGGUCUCGCGCCUCCAGGAAGAUGACGAGGCCAAGCCCUCCGACGCUUCUGCCCCAGCUCCUGCCGCAGCCAAGACCGACGCCCCCCGAGGACAAGCUGGCGAAGCUGCGAUUGCCGCUGGUGGUCAGGGCGCAGUUUCCAACCCCGUUGCUGUCCCCAACCAGCAGCUCGACGAGAACCCCGCCACCACCGAGGACUUGAAGGUCGAGGCGACCGGUGCCGUUGCUGAACCCACCACUCAGCCCGAAGCCGAGACCGAACAGAAGCCCGCUGUCGAUUACACACGAGGACUGCCCCAGACCGACCUGGAGGCAGAGCUUGCGAAGCGCAAGGCUCGCGCGCAGAAAUUUGGCAUUGUUGAGGACGACGAUACAGCUUUGAAGGAGGCUACGAAGCAGCUGGAGCGCGCUAAGCGAUUUGGUACUGGCGCUGAGGCUGAGACUACUCCCGCCGCGGGUGUAAGUCGCCUUGACCAGGCACUUCCUGAUGAGCGCUCCCGCAAGAGACGUAAUGAGGGUCGCAACGACAACCGCAACGACCAGGGUGGUCGUGGAGGCAAGAGACGUGAUACUGGAGCUGGACGCAACCGCAACCGUCAGCGUGGGGAUGGAAACCGCAACCGCGACCGUGGCGAUGGGAACAAGACCAAUGCUGGCGUGAAGAAGCCUAAUGCCGGUGGGAACACUGCCCAGAAGAGUUGGAGUGAGAAGGAUAAUGCGGCCAUGGAGGCUCGCAAGAAGCGGUUUGCAGCUGCGGCUUGA